AUGAAGAAAAUGAAGAAAGGGAGGAAAACAGUUUGGGAGGAAGAUGAAGACUCAAAUUCAAGUUCAGAAGAUGAAACUCAAAUCACCGUUCCAGAAGAAGAAAGUGAUGAUGAGGAUUACCAACCAUCAACAGAGGAGGAAUUCACUGAUGAAUCUCAAGAAAGCGACCCUGAAGAACAAAGAGUAGAAGUUAUAGAAGAAAGAAGAGAAGGGGAGGAAGAGCCAAGAGCUCCAGAGAGGCGGUCAUCAAGAGAGAAGAAGGAGAAAGCGCCAUGCACACUGGCAUGCUGUAAGAUAGCUACAGUAAAUUUUCUCGAAGAAGUUGAAAUUCCCACGACAGUGAAAGAAGCAUUAAGUGGCCCACAUGCCAAAGAGUGGGAAAAAGCUAUGGAUGAAGAAUAUGAUGUCUUGAAGGGGCGGUACAUCAACUGCAGAAAGUGGAUUGUGGACUGCAAAUUUGAACACCCAGUAGCAGCUUCAGUGAAAUGUCCAUGGAGCUCCCUUUCCUAA